AUUUUAUAUUCUCUUUCUGCGUAACUUCACAUAAUUUCUCUGGUCUUCCUGUAUUUAGUAUUUAUGUACAGUCGAUGAUCAUUGAUUGCAACUUUGCGUGAUUCGCCAUUUCCUUACUGAACGGUAAGGUCAUCAUUUUAUCGGCCGAAGUGCUCAAUAUACAAUACGUCAGCGUAUCUGCGUUCGUGAUUCAGCAAAACGAUAAUUACAUUUCUUAACGAAACGAUAGUUGUUACAGGCGAGCUACAUUUUACAAACGAUUGUCGCUCAAGGAAGUAAUUGAAAGUUUUCGAAAAUGGUUAAGGCCGUGUGUGUUCUUCAGGGUGAAGUCAAAGGCACUCUCUAUUUCGAGCAAUCGGACAAUUCUAGUCCAGUCAAGGUCACGGGUCAAGUAACCGGUUUAAAACAAGGACUGCAUGGUUUUCACAUUCACGAAUUCGGUGAUAACACUAACGGUUGUACAAGUGCUGGGCCACAUUUCAAUCCAUUAAAAAAGGAUCAUGGUGGUCCUGAUGCAGAAGUACGUCAUGUUGGAGAUUUAGGAAAUGUUGAAGCAAAUGCAAGCGGUGUUGCUAAUGUCAAUAUAACUGACAAAGUCAUCCAGCUCCAAGGACCACACAACAUUAUUGGCAGAACAUUGGUGGUUCAUGCAGAUCCAGAUGACCUUGGUAAAGGUGGAGUUGAAUUAUCAAAAACAACAGGAAAUGCUGGAGCUCGUCUUGCUUGUGGUGUUGUUGGAAUUGCAGCCUAAAUAUAUAUUCUGUUAUAAUAUUAAAAACAAUACAAAUUACUAUUAGAAAUUACACAAUGUUACAUCUAUUAUAGAUUGAAUAUGAGUUCAAAUAGCAUUCCUAAUUUCGUAUAAUAAAUCUUUUACAUAUGUAAACCAUGGUACAGGUUCAAUAAAGUAAUACUAUUAUAACACUA